AACUUAAACGCAAAAUUUAAUCAAGUAGAUAGAACACAUAAAAUUACUUCUUCAUUACCACCGUACCUAUCGGUAUAAAAAAAUAUUUAUCCAAAUCGACAACGAAAUAUCGGCAAUUAUUGUUAAAAAUCAGCCCAAUAAACCGUCACAAUUACUAUAUUAAUAAAAAAUUAUUAUCGAUUAAAUAAUCCCUAGUGGGCUCAGUGCAUCGGAGAGGGGAAAUCGAAUAAUCGACUAGAGGAUACUCGGUAAAGACACAAUCCAACAUGUCGGUGCUACUCGAAGCCAGGCCUUACAGGCCUUUCAAAUCAUCCGAAGAGUACCUGGUAGCGAUGAAAGAAGACUUGGCCGAGUGGCUCAAUGCUCUUUAUCCCGAACUCAGAGUCAACUUGGACAAUUUUAUGGACCGACUGGACACCGGCGUUGCUCUAUGCAAGCAUGCCAACAACGUGCGAAAGUCAGCAUCUGACUACGUGGCGAGACGCCAGGCACGCAAAUCAAUGACUCGAUCGAUGACGUCCUCCUUGGCUAUGCCAAUGAGCCAUUUAAGCGACGUCGCAUUUCUGCCAAACGCAAAAGCCGGGACUUUUUUCGCCCGCGAUAACGUUUCAAAUUUCAUAUCCUGGUGCAGAAACAGCCUCGGGAUUAUCGAGUGCCUUUUGUUCGAAACCGACGAUCUGAUUAUGCGGAAAAACGAACGACACGUUAUUCUAUGUCUGCUUGAGGUUGCGAGACGCGGUGCUAAGUUCGGCAUGCUUGCUCCUAUGCUUGUGCAAAUGGAGAGGCAAAUUGAUCGCGAAAUAGCAGCCGAAAACAAGGCUGCUAACGGGGCAAACGGGGCCAACAACGAGGAGAGCGACGACGACGACUACGAGGAGAUGCACGAGGAGCAACCCUGUCUCAUCUACGGACCUCAGCCCCAGAUCGUAACGAACGACCUGAAGAGCCUCGACGAGAUGGUGCGCGAUUUGGUCGAGCGAUGCAACUGUCCAACCCAAUUUCCGAUGAUCCGAGUCUCCGAAGGAAAGUACAGGAUCGGUGACACGAAGGUGUUGAUCUUCGUCCGCAUACUACGGAAUCACGUGAUGGUCCGCGUCGGCGGAGGGUGGGACACCCUGAGCCAUUAUCUUGACAAGCACGACCCUUGCCGGUGUCGCAGCUCCCACCGUUCAACCAUCUCGGCAAAAUUGAUCCAGAAGGCGGGUGGAUCGUUUGAUCUUGGAAGCGCGCAGGUGCACUACGAACGAUCACCUCCAAGAACCCGUCGCAGCUCGGCAUCAAGCGUUGGUUCCUGUGCGGGAGCCGGAUUGCAAAAUCAGAGUCCGCAGCACCAACCGACGUCCUUGCAGACGAACAGGACCUUGUCAGCAAACCGAUCUCGUUCCCCGACUCCGCAUCACGUGCAGCACAAGCAUCUCGGCGAGGAGUUGAAGAAGUCGUCGAGUCGAUCGCGGAGCCCGACGCCUCAGCGAAAGUUUUUGGGAAGCCCCGGUCACCUCGGAAGCGAAUUGAACAAGCAGAGGUCGAGGUCGCCGACGCCGAAGAUGAGCUCCAGGUCCAGGAGCCCGACCCCGAAGGUCGAUAACUCGAGGAUCGGGACUUCCGGUCUCGAUCCGACCCGGAAGGCGCUCAACGAGGAGAUCAGACAGAUCAAGUACGACGGACGCUCUCAGAUGUACCACAGCAGAAAUCAGGAUAGCUAUCAGGAUCCUAAAAAAGAUCUACAUCAAGAGAUCCGGGCGAAGGUACCGCUUUCGGAGGAAUUUUCGAAACGUUACGUCGUCGAGGGUGGCGUAGCUCGUCGGGCCUCCUCUCACGACGACACCCCGAGGUACGAGCCCUCGAUAUUCAACUACAAAUGUCACGAAGACUCGUCGAGCAGAAGCCCGACUCCGAGUCCACCGGGUGUGAUAAAGGAAGAAACGACCGGCGAGAGGUUCGCCAAGGAUGUUGUUCACUACGCCAAGUCACCUCAGGGCGACGGCGAACAUUCGGACAAUGGAAGCGAAGUAUCUGACGAAGGCUAUCGGAGUCUCGGUGCCGUCCAGCCGGCAUCCGCGAAUUCCACUUCCGGUUGCAGCACGCAGGCAUCGCCUACGGUUGUUGACUAUCAAAAGCAACCCACAAUUGAGAAAUCUUGCGUGGAGACGGAAACGAUCGAGACGGGUCUACGGAAGACGCGAAUCGGUCCGUCGAGUCCUUUGCGAGCAUCGCCAGCGAGGAGCGUGACGUCUUCGUCGGGAGACAGGACGCCGAGGGCGGGGUCGAUAGUACGGGAGAACAGCAACGUGUCGAGAGCAUCGUCGGGAAGCAGGACUCCGCGUGAGGAGAAUUCGAGUCCAGAGGGAAGCCCGUUGAAGCGAGGAUCCGGGGUUAGAACGAGCCAGAGGAAGCCCCCGACGGGGAGCCUGAGCAAGGCGACGUCGGGCGUGCCGAGGUUGAGUCAGUUGAAUUUCCAGGCCGGAAGUAACACCUGGAACGGAAGACAAGCGCGGAAGAGACCGAGCAUCCAGGCCGACACGUUCGCGGCGCCGAACGCGAACGGAAACGGAAACGGCCAGACGUCGACGUCGGCGACGACGGCGUUCGCGAGAAAAUCCCCGGCCAGACAGAGCCUCCCGAGGCCCGCGGGGACCGGAAGUAGCCCCCAAUACGACCGUAAUGGCCGGCGGAUAAAGCCCUCUUCCGCCUCGCUUCAGUCCUCGCCGACGAAGGUGGCGAAUCCUCUGCUCGAGCAGAUUCUACAAAAGGUCGGGCACCUCCAGGACGAGAAACAGGUCGUGCAGAAGCUCCAGGACUUCCUGAGAGACUAUCAGGGCAACGGGAGCGGCGGUAGCACCGACGGCGAUCCGACCCUCGACUUCACCAAGGCCUGGGUCGACGGCAAUGGCACCGUUGCUCUACCUCAGGAGCAACUUCCCGUAGCCGCGAGCCCCAGGAAAGACCCGAAGGCCGCCUCGGAACGCGGCGGCUUCUCCAGGAUACCGGCGCCGGUUUACAAGAGGCCGAUGUCCGUGGCUUCGGACAGUAUGUGAGUCUGAUAAUCAAUCGCUCGCUAACAAUAAGCUUUGGUUCCAGUCGAGGAACGGACGGACGAAUGGACGGACUGAAUCCAACCGUUCCUAUAAAUUAUCCAAGGUACGCAUUUUACGUGUAUCCCCGGUCUACCGCAGUAGCGAGUAGCAGGUCGAGUAAUUACACGUUUAGUGCAUUUUUGCUGGAUUUUCAUUUUGUAACGAUUGUAGAGAGUGAGUGAAAGAGAGAGAGAGAGAGAGAGAGAGAGAGAGAGAGAGAGAGAGGAUAUUAUUCUUGUUAUAUUAUGGGAGAGCAGCAGCAGCAGCAGCGUAUAUUAUUGUAACAUUAUAUACAUUGUAUAAGUUUUAAAUGUUAUAUGAGUAUAGUUUAAAAUAUGUUGAAUGAAUUUUUUCUAUCUUCUGUUGCGGCUUCCAAAUCAAUAUCAGCUUUUUAUAGACCGUGUAGGUAUACGUAUAAUGCACGAUUGGUUCGUUAGAACAGCCUAAUAUUGUAAUAUUAUUGCGCGAUACGUGUAACAUUUGCUAAAAUGACCUACUUACGAUAUUACGAUCAGAUGAAGAAGGGGAGGCAAAUUUUUUACGUUGAAUUCCUGUUAUAUUCGGGGUAUAAUCGAAUGGUUUUUAUAAUUCAUUGAAUAUUAUAUUUGCAAAUUAUUUAUUUAUAUUAUAUAUAUAUUACAUAGUAUAUCGAUUGUAUUUAUUAAAAGAAUAACAAGUGAGUUUAUUUACGCGUUACAACGUAUAUACAUACUUAUAUCGUAUACGUUCUCUUUGCGCGUGUUUUGCGGGCUAUUGAGAAAUAAAGUGAAGCGUAGGUGAAAGAAAAUAAGUAGACCGAACGCGUAAAAAGGUGAAGAGAAAUGAAAAAUGAGAAAAAAUACAAAUAUAAAACAAAACUGAGAAAAAAAAAAAUUUAUUAUUAUAAUCCGACUACUCAAAUAGACUGGAUAUAAUAGCGUAUCAUCAUUCCAAUAUUGAAAUGUGUUUUUAUACCAAAAGUAACCGUAGAGAAAGAAGAA